AUGUCAAGUUCAAAAGAUUCAAUAAAUGAAAAACAACGUACAAAUACUGAUUCUUCAUUAUCUGAUAAAUCAAUGAUUGAAACAAAACAACAAAAACAAAAUCAAGAAAAGCAACAAGGUAAUACAAAUGAAUCAAAAACAGAAAAUCAAUAUUAUAGAUUAAAUAUUGAAUCAGUUGCAAAAGAAUUUAAUACAAAUAUUCAAGAUGGUUUAAGUAAUAAUGAAGCCGAAAAAAGAAUUGAAACAUAUGGUCCAAAUACUUUAGGUGAAGGUGAUAAAAUUUCAUAUACUAAAAUAUUAGCUCAUCAAGUAUUUAAUGCAAUGAUUUUAGUCUUGAUAAUUUCAAUGAUUAUUGCUUUAGCUAUACAAGAUUGGAUUUCUGGUGGUGUAAUUGGUUUUGUUGUUGGUAUAAAUAUAACUGUUGGAUUUGUUCAAGAAGUUAAAGCUGAAAAAACAAUGGGAUCAUUAAGAAAUUUAUCUUCUCCCACAGCAAGAGUUACAAGAAAUGGUGAUGAUAUUACAGUUCCUGCUGAACAAGUUGUACCUGGUGAUAUUGUUCAUAUUAAAGUUGGUGAUACUGUUCCUGCAGAUUUAAGAUUAUUUGAUUGUAUGAAUUUAGAAACUGAUGAAGCUUUAUUAACUGGUGAAUCAUUACCUGUUCAAAAAGAUGCAAAUGUUAUUUAUGAAGAUUUUUCAACUCCUGUUCCUGUUGGUGAUAGAUUAAAUUUAGCUUAUUCUUCUUCAAUUGUUUCAAAAGGAAGAGGUACUGGUAUUGCUUAUGGUACUGGUUUAAAUACUGAAAUUGGUCAAAUUGCUCAAUCUUUAAGAGGUAAUGAUGGUUUAAUUAAAAGAGUAGAUAAAUCAAAUGGUAAACCAAAAAAAAGAGAAUAUGGUAAAGCUAUAAUUGGUACUAUUUAUAAUAUUAUUGGAAAUGUCUUGGGUACAAAUGUUGGUACUCCUUUACAAAGAAAAUUAUCUUGGUUAGCUAUAUUUUUAUUUUGGGUUGCUGUUAUAUUUGCAAUAGUUGUUAUGGGAUCUCAAAGAAUGAUUGUUAAUAAAGAAGUUGCAAUUUAUGCUAUUUGUGUUGCUUUAUCAAUGAUUCCAUCUGCUUUAAUUGUUGUUUUAACUAUUACAAUGGCUGUUGGUGCUCAAGUUAUGGUUCAAAAACAUGUUAUUGUAAGAAAAUUAGAUUCAUUAGAAGCCCUUGGUGGUAUAAAUGAUAUAUGUUCAGAUAAAACUGGUACUUUAACUCAAGGUAAAAUGAUUGCUAAAAAAGUUUGGAUUCCAAAUGUUGGUACUUUAGAAGUUCAAAAUUCAAAUGAACCUUAUAAUCCAACUGUUGGUGAUGUUAAAUAUGCUCCUUAUUCUCCUUAUUUUAUUAAAGAAACAGAUGAAGAAAUUGAUUUUAAUAAAUCUAUUUCUGAACCAAUGCCAAAAUCAAUUCAUAAUUGGUUAAUGACUGCUACUUUAGCUAAUAUUGCAACUGUUAAUCAAAGUAAAGAUGAAGAAACUAAUGAAUUAGUAUGGAAAGCUCAUGGUGAUGCAACAGAAAUUGCUAUACAAGUUUUUACAACAAGAAUUAAUUAUGGUAGAGAAACAAUAGCUGAAGGUUUUGAACAUAUUGCUGAAUUUCCAUUUGAUUCAUCAAUUAAAAGAAUGUCUGCUAUUUAUAAAGAUAAAGAAACUGGAGAAACAAGAGUUUAUACAAAAGGAGCAGUUGAAAGAAUUUUAAAAUUAUGUAAGAAUUGGUAUGGUGAAGGUUCAGAAGAUUCUCAAAAUUUACAAGAAUUAACUGAAAAAGAUAUAAAAUUAAUUGAAGAAAAUAUGUCAGCUUUAUCAUCACAAGGUUUAAGAGUUUUAGCAUUUGCAACAAGGACCAUAGAUUCUGAUUUUGAUGAUAGAGAAAAAGUUGAAACAAAUUUAACAUUUCAAGGUUUAAUUGGUAUAUAUGAUCCACCAAGAGAAGAAACAGCAGGAUCAGUUUCAUUAUGUCAUAAAGCUGGUAUAAAUGUUCAUAUGUUAACAGGUGAUCAUCCAGGUACUGCAAAAGCUAUAGCACAAGAAGUUGGAAUUAUACCAAGUAAUUUAUAUCAUUAUAGUGAAGAUGUUGUUAAAGUAAUGGUUAUGACAGCAAAUGAAUUUGAUGCAUUAUCAGAUGAAGAAAUUGAUAAUUUACCAGUAUUACCAUUAGUUAUUGCAAGAUGUGCUCCACAAACAAAAGUUCGUAUGAUUGAUGCAUUACAUAGAAGAAAAAAAUUUGCUGCAAUGACUGGUGAUGGUGUUAAUGAUUCACCUUCUUUAAAAAAGGCAGAUGUUGGUAUUGCUAUGGGAUUAAAUGGUUCAGAUGUUGCAAAAGAUGCUUCUGAUAUUGUUUUAACUGAUGAUAAUUUUGCUUCUAUAUUAAAUGCAAUUGAAGAAGGUAGGAGAAUGUCUUCUAAUAUUCAAAAAUUUGUUUUACAAUUAUUAGCAGAAAAUGUUGCCCAAGCUUUUUAUUUAAUGAUUGGUUUAGCAUUUAUGGAUGAAACUGGAUUUUCUGUUUUCCCAUUAUCACCAGUUGAAGUUUUAUGGAUUUUAGUUAUAACAUCAUGUUUUCCAGCAAUGGGAUUAGGUCAAGAAAAAGCAAGUGAUGAUAUCUUGGAAAAACCACCAAAUAAUUCAAUUUUUACUUGGGAAGUUAUUAUAGAUAUGAUUGUUUAUGGAUUUUGGAUGGCAUGUUCAUGUUUAUUAUGUUUUGUUGUUAUUGUUUAUGGUAGAGGAGAUGGAGAUUUAGGUUAUGAUUGUAAUUCAAUGCAUGCAGAUUUAGAUGUUUGUAAAUUAGUAUUUCAAGGUAGAGCAGCAUCAUUUGCAAAUAUGACUUGGUGUGCAUUAAUUUUAGCAUGGGAAUGUAUUCAUCCUUAUAAUUCAUUAUUUUAUAUGAGACAAGAUACUGAUAAUCCAUGGUGGAAACAAACUGCAAUUGAUUUAUGGGAUAAUCAAUUUUUAUUUUGGUCAAUUAUUGGUGGUUUUAUUUCUGUAUUCCCAGUUAUUUAUAUUCCAGUUAUAAAUACAAAAGUAUUUUUACAUUAUGAUCCAAAUUAUGGUUUAUUAAUUGCUUUAGCUUGUACUAUAAUGUUUUUAUUAGGAGCAGAAACUUGGAAAUGGAUUAAAAGAGUUUAUUUCCGUAGAGCACAAGUUAAAAAUCCAGAAUAUGAAUUAGAAAGAAAUGAUCCUUUCCAAAGAUAUGCAUCAUUUUCAAGAUCAAAUACAAUGGAAAAUAAAAAAUAUUUAGUAUAA